UGCAGCCUGUGUACUUGUGACCCCUGAAGUAAUUACAUGAAGUAACUGAUUUGUCAAAAGAGCGAUAAUGGGGUGGAAGACAUCCCGGUUUGUUACUCAAAGUAAUUAGACCUUGGGUGUGAAGGCACGUAAUUGGACCAGGCAAAAUAACUACCUGGGCCUACAUUGCCCCUUGGUUCAUGAUUGGUUUAAAUGAAGCAUGGUCCUGAAGCUUAUUGGUUUAAAUGAAGCGUGGUCCUGAGGCUUAUGGAGAGAAAGAUAUGGAAACAAGUUGUCCCGCACGGUAGCAGUCUACAGGCGAGAUGGGUCUGGGUUUUGGGAACCUGCACAAAUCGCGUGGCGUCGUCUCGUACCGGCUGUCGCCGUUCGAGCAGCGUGCCUUCGCCGGUAUCAGCAAGGCGCCGCUGAACAUGCUGAGGAGGAUCCGCGGCAACGUCUUCACCGUGGCGCCCCCGUUCCUGGCCGCCUACCUGCUGUACACGUGGGGUGAGGCCGAGCACACCCGGCUCUCGCGCAAGAACCCGGCCGACUACGCCAACGACGUCUGAGCCGGAGUGACGGCCCGUGUAGAGCCGGACUGACCGAGCCGCCGGUGUAGCGGCGGCGGCGACUGCGGGCCGGAUGGUCGGCCGCCGCCGGUGCAGCGGAGACGGCGACUGCACGCCGGAUGGUCGGCUGCCGCCGCCGCCGCCCGUCCCCGCUCGUUUUGUGUAGAUAUGAGAUGUGCGGUAUUGUAAGGCGGUAGUGAGGAGUAGGAACCAUGUGGUCCGUUUCAGAUUUAUGAAAUAGACGGCUUUGUUCUCCUAUUUCCCACCAUGUCCGAUGAUAAGGGUUUAAUGACUGGCUGAAAUAUACUGCUUCUGCCGGACGAUGGUGACAAAA